AACCAAUGCCAGUGUGUUGAUUACAAAUAGCAUCGCCAUUUCGAAUCCCCCGCUGUUUCCUUAGUGCGAAGAGAGAGACCUACGGACGGACUCGAAGUAGCAGAUUCUGAUUUGUGCUGUGUUGUGUUGUGUUGCCCGUGUUACCGCUCUGUGAUUGUACUGGACAAACUGCUGAGGCUCAUCAGACGUAUAUUCCUCGGUUGAAAGCAGCUUGGAGCCAUGAUGGAUCGAACCGUUGCUGUGCUAUAUGGUUCAGAGACCGGCAACGCACAUGACUAUGCCGAGACGUUGAGCUCGUCGUUGGAGAGGCUCCAUUUCAAGGUGACGUGCUCGUCGCUUGACGAUUUCGAUCUAAAGAGCCUUAUCUCUACACGAGUGCUGGUUGUGAUUUGCUCCACGACGGGCCAGGGCGAGUUCCCGAAGAACGCUCGUAGAUUCUGGAAGUUCAUGCUGAAGAAGAAGCUGCCGCACGACCUGCUGAACCACAUCAUCUUCACGUCGUUUGGCCUGGGAGACUCCUCGUACCCGAAGUUCAACUGGGCCAUAAAGAAGCUCCACAAUAGACUGCUACAGUUGGGAGCCGUGGAGUUCUCGAAGCGAGCAGAAGGUGACGAGCAGAGCUCACAGGGCAUAGACGGCUACUACAUCGAGUUCCAGAAGCUGCUCGUGGAGAACCUCAUGAAGGAAUUCCCAUUACCACAGGGACUGGAGCCGAUUCCUGAUGAUACACUGCUGGCUCCAAAGAACAGGCUAAUGGUGGACAUGCGUAAGCCAAAGAGACAGACGGAUGAUAAGGUGAAGCAGGUGGCAAUGACGAGACAAGACGCAGAGCUGGUGCCGGUCAAGGUGUCCUGUAACACGAGAAUCACCUCACUAGAGCACUUCCAAGAUGUCCGUCAUUUCAGCAUCCAUUCCACGGAACCCUUGACGUACGAGCCCGGUGACACCGUCUCAUUAUACCCUACAAACGACCCACAAGAGGUACAGACAUUGAUAGAGAUUCAGGACUGGCAUGAGAUUGCGGACAGGCGAGUCGACAUUGAAGGUGAAGCUCCAAAGAUUGACGGAGGCUACGUCAAGAACAUGACGUUAAGGUCGUUACUGACCCACCAUUUGGACUUGAAAGCCAUUCCAAGAAGAUCCUUCUUCGGGCUGCUACAACACUUUGCCAGUGAUGAAAGAGAACGGGAAAAGUUACAAGAGUUUAGCUCUUAUAAGGAUCCAGAGGAGCUGUAUAACUACGCAAACCGACCACGCAGGUCGAUAUUGGAGGUCAUCCAGGAGUUCUUCAGCGUGAAGAUACCGGUGGAGUACAUCUUCGACCUGUUCCCUGUGAUUAAGCCACGGUUGUUUUCGAUUUCAUCUGAGCCUUCUGAGCAUAACAUCGACCUGACCGUGGCAAUUGUACAGUACAAGACGAUGAUUAGACGUGUGAGAAGAGGCUUGUGUACGACAUGGCUCAAGACUCUGAAUGUUGGCGACGAUAUCGUUGUGAAGAUCAACAGAAACUCGUUGAAGUUCCCACCGCUGGAUAAGCCAAUCAUUAUGAUUUCACCAGGUACUGGUAUUGCACCGAUGAGAUCUUUGAUCCGUCAACGUGUAUCGCAAGGAUGCGACAAAUCACAGCUGAUACUGUUUACAGGCAACAGAUACCACGAUAAAGAUUUCCUGUAUGGAGAUGAACUGACAAAGCUGGCACAGGAUGGUAAAUUGGAGCUGUGGACCUCAUUUUCAAGAGAAGCCGGUGGUUACGUCCAGGACACCCUGUACCUACAGGCAGAUGCCAUAGCAGAGCUCUUGACACACCGUGAUGCUGCCAUCUACAUAUGUGGAUCGUCAGGUAAGAUGCCUAACCAAGUGAGAGUGACCUUUGAGACAAUAUUACAGGAGACGAGAGGCUUAUCAAAGGAGGACUCUCAAAAGUAUUUGCAAGAAUUGGAGAUGAACGGAAGGUAUAUUCAAGAGACAUGGUGACUGUUUUUAGUAUCACAAGCAGCUCUGAUGUCCUGACAAACACCUCGUUCAUGAAUAACAGCAUAUUAAGUAUUUAUAGAGUGUUCAUAUUACAACAUUACAGUGCAUUACACCAUUCUGAAACAUGGACCAAGUCUCUCUUCAUGUUAGACGAAACAACGCUUCAACCUGAAUGCAUACACUAGACGUCACAAGUGAAUAUCGCGAGUAUAUCAUUGGUGUGGACCAUUAACACCACUUGCCAUAGUCCCUGAAGCCUCUUCCGUGCUCUUCUAGACUCCUCUUAAAACUCA